CGCUCCCUAGUGACUAGAUAGUUGGCAAAAUAGAGUAGGAAAUAACUUUAGCACCCUAUGAAGUGCAGUGUCUGCGAUUAGGACGCUGGUUGUGGGGUUCUGUCUCUUGAGCAGCAGUAAGUUUCGGUGUAUGUAAAAAUGGCUGGGUUUCCCGGAGUCUCUGCGUUAUGUGAGAAUCCGACCGAGGUGUUCCUGGACGUGUCCAGACUGCUGCUGACCUAUGCGGACAAUAUCCUCAGGAACCCAAAUGAAGAGAAGUACAGGUCUAUCCGUAUAGGAAACCCAACCUUCUCCACUAAACUCCUCCCUAUAAAAGGAGCGGUGGAGUGCCUGUUUGAAAUGGGCUUUGAGGAGGCUGAGACGCACUUGGUGUUCCCGAGGUCAGCGUCUGUAGAUCAGCUGAGACGAGUGCGAGAGACCAUCGCUGCUGAGAGAGACCAGAGGUUAGGAGUGGACCAGCGUGCAUCAUGCUCCAGCUCUUCCGCCUCCACUUCCUCUCCUGCUCCUACUCCUACAGCGGUAUCGGAACCGCAGCGCCCCAUAGAACCGCCUCCGUCUUUGUUAGGUAGCAAGUCCUUCCUUGGGACACUGCAAUCAAAUUUUCAGCAUGUGAUGGUGUACGAGAAUCCUGACCUUCAGCAGAAAGCUUUAUGCUGCAUUCCUCAUGAGCAGCUCUCCUCCAGAGCUAAAGAUCGACUGCACAAAGCCAGAGAAGCAGACCCGGAGUGUAGUCUUGCUGAGGAGGACAUGCUGGUGCUGGAGCUGUUACAGUGGUUUAAGCAGGAUUUCUUCACCUGGGUGGACAACCUGCCAUGCAGCCGGUGUGGGGGGAGCACACACACCUCCGGUUACCUCCCACCCUCGACAGAUGAGCUGCGCUGGGAUGGUGGGCGUGUCGAGAACCACUACUGCAACACCUGCAACCUCACCACCAGAUUCCCGAGGUAUAAUAACCCGGAGAAACUGCUGGAGACCAGGAGGGGGCGCUGUGGAGAAUGGGCUAACUGCUUCACUCUGUGCUGCAGAGCGAUAGGGCUGGAGGCCAGGUACAUCUGGGACUCAACAGAUCACGUAUGGACGGAGGUGUUCUCUCGGUCGCAGCGUCGCUGGCUGCACUGUGAUUCCUGUGAAAACGCAUGCGAUAAACCGCUGCUCUACGAGAUGGGCUGGGGCAAGAAGCUUUCCUACAUCUUUGCUUUCUCAAAAGAUCAGGUGGUUGACGUAACAUGGCGCUACUCCUGUAAGCAUCAGGAGGUUCUUUCCAGACGUACUCAGGUUCAGGAAACAUGGCUGCUGCAUACCAUCAAUGGAUUUAAUGCUGAGAGGCAGCAGUCCCUGAGCGCUGAUAGAAAGCGGGAGCUGCUGGAGAGGCUUUUGGUAGAGCUGGUAGAGUUCAUUUCUCCUAAGAGCCCAAAGCCAGGAGAGAUGGGAGGACGUAUCUCAGGUUCUCUCGCCUGGAGGGCUGCUCGUGGAGAAACUGGUGGUGCUGCUGCUGCUUCCAAAGGAAAAGCCACAGAGUUUGUGUUUAUCCCCACUGAGUCAGAGAAGAAGGCAAAGACGUUCCACCUGCAAUAUAACAUGGCCAAAGACUGUUACUAUAGAGUGCACAACAACCAAGAGAAGAUCCCGGGCUGGGAAAAUGGAGUGUGGAAGAAUGAGUCUGUGUUCAGGAAAGAAGAACAUGACUGGAAGAUGGUGUACCUCGCUCGAACAGAGGGCUCUUCCUCAGGCAGGCUGUGUUGGAGGAUUGUGUGUGCUCCUGUGGGGAUGACGAUUAAAUCAGUCUCAGUCAGAGCUGUCAGUCAAACCUUCCACUCCGGUGCUGUCUGCUGGAGAUUACGCUCCUCGCAAUCCACCGCCGAGUUUCCUGGAGAUGGUGAAAUGCACUCGCCGACAGGCCUCGCAGGGUCUGCAGAAGUGGUGAUAGAAGCAGAGCUGAGCGGAGGGGACGGAGAGGCGGCAUGGCAGCAUGCCCAGCUGUUCAGACAGAAUCUGAAGGACACAGAGACGUCUUCGUUCGAGAUUCUUGUGGAAAUGGAGGAUGCUUGAUAAGAGUGUAGCAGCCUUGUACCAUUUCUGUGGUUUAACAAGCGAAAAAAUAUAUAUAUAUAUAUGUUCUGGGGAGUCAGAGUUCAUGUGAGUAAAGACUUCGAGCACAGUCAAAUGAUGUUCUUUUCAUUAGAACAGUCUACAGUGAAUAUAACGUCUAUAAGGGAUAGAAAAGGUAAUGUGAAUCUGGUGUAAUUCUAGACUUGUUUUUUUAACUUUGUGUUUUGGAUAGGAAUGAAACGUUUUCUGAUAUUAAUGAAAAUACGAGAGCUCCUGAAGGCAGCACUCUCUAUCGGAUCAAUACGUCCCUUAAUUCUAAUCUCCUUUAGAGCAAUUGUAUUUGACACAAUUGUAAUUCUACCAACUGAAGCAUCGUGUAAACCUUUUACCUGGAUUACUGUACUGUAAGGAAUGAUGUGAAAUAUUUUCUAACAUUCAUCUGGCAGCAGGGUGUAUAAUGAUACCAUGAUACCUUUUACCUCCAGUGUGUUAAAGUUUUAGCCAUUAUUUUGUAUUGGUUUUCAUUUGAGGCCAUGUGAGACACCUGUAUUAAACAAAACAAACAAACAAAAAAACCCAGACCUCAACAUUUUUGUUUUUGUUUUGUGGAAUAUUUCGAUUGAUUUAUUAU